GAAGAAGUUCCGGAACAAGAAGUGCAAGUUCAGCUACCAGACCUUUCUACGCCUACAUUUGCAACAAAUUACCCAGUGGAUAACAACCUUAGAACCCAAUGCCGACAUGUGUCCGACAACGAUAAACGUGUCGUGGAAACAGAGUCAUCGAAAAAUAAUCGGUGUGUCGUUCGGAGCUUCAAUUACGGCUCCUCAGUCAAAGAAAAGGAAAGUCAUGAUUCAAUCUCGACAGGAAAUCGACAACCACCUUUUCCCUCGGGAUCGGGAUGGGAACAUAUUUCCGAGUCUGGAGAUAUGGAAAGUUGGGAACUGUGCGGAAAUCAACCCGUGGUUUCAUCUAGCCAAAUUGAGACCCGAUCUUCCAAUCAGAACUCGUACGAUCUUGGUAGAGGACAGAACGGUGAAACACCCUUGCCGAAACUGCCAGAAGUGCCACGUCAGCUUCUUGACUUGUUGAAGGAUGAUCGUUUUGGAUUCCAUGAAAUUACGAGUGAAGAUUCGUUAAACAUAGUAUGGCAUGCACGCAAUCUUGAGCACUUCUCUAGAAAAUACGGUAUCACCAAUCCUCGCCCUGUGUUUUUGGACCACUCGGGCUUUGGUGUUUGGAUGGUAGACGAACAUGGCUCCAUGUUUCAAUGGAACGAAAUGGAAAAAGAUAUUUUGUACAUGGGACCCGAUCUGGUGACAG